AUGAACAGAAUGAAAGUCAUACUCGGUCUAGCAGUAUGGACCCUGUGCCUACAACUGUCGUCGGUAGUUGCUUUAGAGGCCGCAGACACACCAUCCAGCACACUACGCAGCCGCAAUGAUGUUAUGAACAACAUCCACAAUAAUCGCAACCACAAUGAGAAUGAUGAUAAUGCUAGUCUCAUUCCACAUCGUCUCAUCUUCACCUACAAGAACAACAUGCUGGAAACCAAAUAUCCCACUGACCUAUACAACAACGUGUUGAAUACAAUUCAAGUAUAUGCGGACGAAUGGAACAAGGCAGUGGAGGAGAUGGAUGUCAUGUUCAUUGACGAUGCCAUGUGCUUGGAACUCAUUCCAAAGGUGGAACCUCGUCUAUUGAAAUACUUCCAACUAGAACCAUUGGGAUCCUUCAAGGCUGAUAUUUGUCGAGUGGCUGCACUGUACCUAUAUGGCGGCUACUAUUUUGAUGUGGACAUUCAAGCCUUGAAAGCGCUACAGCCAAAUCCAGACACGGACUUCAUCACAUCCACUUGCGGGAACAAUCAAUUCUUCCAAGCAGUCAUGGCCUUGUCUCGUCAACACCCAUUGGCAAGAGCCACUCUAGACUCAAUGUUAGAUGACUGGUAUUAUAUUCCCUCUGUUGUGCAAAAUCUUACAAUGGCCCGUGUAGAUGCCAGUGUUUCCAUGGGCAAGGAAUACAAUGAAGCACGAGGCAACUAUCUGAGCCAGUAUUUCAACAUGUCCCAUGAAAUCAAACCCAUGCUCGGUACUGCCACAUUGCGCAUGGCGUAUGACCGCCACAGAAACUUGACGUCGGCAUGGAUUCUAGACGAACUGGACAAUGUGGACACGCCCCUGUAUCCAGACUUGAAACGAGAAGAAACUGGAUGGGGCUGCAACUACAUGGUGCACGAUACUCCUUCCAAGGUUCCGUAUUUCUUUUCACGAUGCAUCGGGACCGAUGGCUGUCCGCGUUACAAACCUCAGGGGUUGACGCUCAUGAGGCGAUCCGCGAUUGGAAACGCCAUGGCGCGUCGACGCUCUCGGAUCACUUCCAAUUUCAACAGUGGUGGUCAACGAUUGCCGCGGUCAUACGCUGGGGAAGCUACCACCAGUAGUGGGAGUACUCCGCUUUGGUGGAGAAAACGCAAACGCCCUUCAUUGACCUUGUCCAGGGUCUCGGACAAGACCUCGGAGCGAUCGAGCACGUUGCUGGCGGUCCUCAUGUGCUUAUUGCUGAUUUUCUGGUCGGCGAUCAUGGUGGCAGCGAUGCAGAAAAAUCCAUUUGGGCAAUCAGGCGGGAAAAAGAACUGUUAA